CAGAUAGAUUGCAACGCAACACAAAAUGGAAAAUUAGAGGCCGACGACAUCCACCAUUCCUGUUCCCAAGGCAAUCCGGCUUUCUCCUCCAGGGGCGGUGAAGGUAGAGAAGCGCGUAUACAGAUUUUACCGGCGAAGAACAGAAGAAAGCAUCUGUAUGAAAUCGAUUACAGAAGCGAGCUUCAAACUGAACAAAGCCUAACUAGGGUUUCGGACUUCUCCCUCUCCCGCUUGCCCACUCAGAAUAUCCGGUUUUCAAAAUGACUCCUGUAUGCCCGUUUGUGAAAGCUGCUCGGCCUGACGAUGCAUCAUCCAAAAAGCUUGGGGAAAGUCCGAACAAACAUGGGUCUGAGAAUGAGGGGAAGGCAAAGAAAGAGUCGAGUGAUUCUGCCAGCGUCUCUCCUAAAUGUCCCUUUGGAUAUGAUUCCGGGACCUUCAAAUUGGGUCCUCUCAGUUGUAUGAUCUGCCAAGCACUUCUCUUUGACUGUGCAAAGUGCAUUCCUUGUUCUCAUGUAUACUGCAAAGUCUGCAUCUCGCGCUUCAAGGACUGUCCUUUGUGUGGAGCUGACAUCGAGAAGACCGAAGCUGAUACCGAUCUUCAAAGUGUAGUUGAUCGGUUCAUUGAAGGUCAUGCUAGAAUCAAGAGGUCUAAUACUGAUGCAGAUAAAGAUGCAGGUGGAGAUACAAAGAUUGUGUAUGAGGAUGUGUCUUUGGAAAGAGGUGCUUUCUUGGUCCAACAAGCCAUGAGGGCAUUCCGUGCUCAAAAUGUGGAAAGUGCCAAAUCAAGACUCCGUCUUUGUGUUGAUGACAUCCGGGGACAGAUAGAAAUAAUGGGCAAUACAUCCGAGUUGUGCUCACAACUUGGUGCAGUCCUCGGAACACUUGGUGACUGCUGUCGGGCAACAGGAGAUGCUAGUUCUGCCAUUGAUUAUUUUGAAGAGAGUGUUGAGUUCCUUACCAAAUUACCCACAGAUAAUCUGGAGAUCACACACACACUUUCUGUCUCUCUUAACAAAAUUGGAGAUCUGAAGUAUUAUGCUGGAGACAUGGAAGCUGCAAGGUCGUUCUAUUCGCGGUCACUUAAUGUGCGUCGUGAUGCCAUGCAACAUCAUCCUAAUGUCCCCUCCCAGACCCUAGACGUUGCUGUUUCCCUCGCAAAGGUUGCUGAUGUUGACAGAAGCAUAGGCAAUGAAGAUGCUGCUGCUGCUGGGUUUCAAGAGGCCAUAAAAUUGCUGAAGUCUUUGACAUUAAAACCCGAAGAAGUUGGACUUGAGCAACGGCGGCUUUCAGUACUGGAAUUUCUCAAUAGUCAACUUGGAGGCUAGCACCAAGCCUCAUGAAGUUGGAUCAAAACCUCCUGCAGCUUGUUGUUUAGAACAAGACCAAUGAUGCCAGAAUAAUAACUCGCCCCCACUUCCGGAUGUAUAUAGUAUAUACAUGAUUCUCCAAAAGAGACUGUGCCCUUAUGAACACAGAACAUCAUCAGGCUUUCCCACAUCAUGCAUAAAAGGAUCUUAGCUACGUUUAUCUGUUGCUGACGUCUUUGAGGCAAAGUUGUAUACGGGAACUGGCUUUGAUCAGCUGUUUGUUACUGUCAGAAUGGAUGUUGGUUCAUGUUAUUUCUUUCGUUUAUGAGGUUCACUCUAUUGCAAGUGUUCGGCAAAUGCUUUAUCCUCAUGGCAACGCGUGCAUGCUAAUGAUACGAGAAAAUUAAUAAUUUUGCUACUGUAUUAGAUCAAGUUUCGUUGCGAAUUUCUGCCCUUACUGAAAUUCACCUUCCUCGCUA